AACUGUAACAAAUUAAAAUAUAAACUCAUUCUCGUUAAUAUUUGAAGAACAACAAUAAUUUCUGCAGUUCAAUAUCGACUAUCUCCUAAUAUCAGAAAAUCGAAAGCCGGAAAAGUGUACAUUUCAGUGAGUAUUCCAUUGGAUACGGUAGAAGUGAUUUUGCAUUAUAUUGAAGGAUGAUUUUAAAAAAUGUUUAAUUGCGCUAAAGCUAAGAUCGCCAAGAGAGAGGAAGCGAGACUAAAAGAAGAACUCAAUGCAGAAGAUAUAGACAACAUUCCACCACCUCCAGAUGGAGGAUACGGUUGGGUCAUCGUCGUAGCUUCCUUCAUGUGUAAUUUAGUAGUCGAUGGUGUUGGAUAUUCCUUUGGAAUCUUAUUACCAGCUUUAGUUGAUCAUUAUGGAUCAACGAAGGGUACCACGGCUUGGGUGGGGUCCAUUAUGGCGGGGUCCAUGUUAGGAGCUGGACCCAUCGUAAGCGCUGUAGCUAAUAAGUUUGGUUGUAGAGUGACUUGUAUAGCUGGUUGUAUAAUAGCCUCAGGAGCCUUAGCUCUCUCCAUUUAUUGUCCGACCGUCAGUACAUUGAUGUUAGUGUAUGGUUUUGUUGGUGGUGUUGGUUAUGGAUUUAUGUACUUACCAGCAGUAGUAAUGGUCGGUUAUUACUUUGAAUCGAAAAGAUCUCUAGCUACGGGUAUUUCUGUUUGUGGAUCUGGUGUAGGCACUUUUACAUUUGCACCUUUAGCCUCAUUUCUACUAACGUCAUACGGCUGGCAGAAAACAGUUUUGGUUCUUGCUGCAAUAACUAUAACGUGUGCCUUAUUCGGUAUGUUAAUGAGACCUCUAAGUUACGAUGAGCAAGUAAUUGAAGAAGUUAAAGUACCCUCAAAGGGUGCUUUGAUGAGCCGUGCAAGUGAGGGUAACAUUUCGAACCGACCAGUGUACAAUUCAACUCUUUCUAUUUCAAAGAGAAAGAAUAGCUUACAGCCGUUAGCAAGGAAGGAUGUUUUUUAUGCAUCGUCUAUCCAGAAUCUCAAAGAAUUCCAGUCGAGGACUUCAUUAGCUGAGUACAGAAAUAGUGUACAUAGUCUUUCAGCAAGGCCUAAGAGCCCUUCACUUAAAGGCGACAGUUCAGAUAUGUGUGGACAGCUUAUCGAUUUUAGCCUACUUAAAGAUCCCGUUUUCCUAAUAAUAGCAAUUUCAAAUCUUUUUGGGAUGACCGCCUUCUAUAUACCUUUCGUAUAUUUAGUUGAUCUUGCCGAGCUUGAGGGGAUUGCGAAUAGUCGAGCAGCAUUUUUGAUAUCUGUUAUAGGAAUAACUAACACUGUGGGACGUAUUGCCAUAGGCUUUAUAGCUGACAUCAAGUCCGUCAACAAUUUUCAUGUAAAUAAUUUAUGUCUACUGAUUGGAGCAGCCUCUACAGCGGCGUUCACCAUGUGCCAUUCAUAUAUGUCGUUUGUUUUAGUUUCCAUCUUUUUUGGAAUAGCCGUUGCUGGAUACAUUUCGUUGACUUCAAUCAUCCUUGUUGAAUUCCUAGGCUUAGAAAAACUGACGAACGCAUUCGGAUUAACGAUUCUUUUCAGAGGUGCCGCCUCUCUAGUAGGCAGCCCCAUUGCAGGUACCUUGUAUGAUAUGACGAAAUCCUAUAAUAUUCCCUUCUUCGUGGGAGGAGCACUUUUCGCGCUUUCUGGCUUGAUCAGUGCGACUGCCCCACUUUUUAAGAAAAAGGACAAGACUGACGAUUUGGACGGGGAACAAAUGGCACCCAUUAAUGUUAAACAAGAAAAGAAUUGAAGGAGUAAUAAUAAAUAUUUUAUUUUUUAUGUGUACU